CUGUAUCUACUUCUCUUCUUUUAACAAACUAUUUCUCUUCAAAUUAUAAGAAAACCAUUUUGAUUUCUCCAUCAACACUUUGAAAUCUAAUCAUAGAAUGGCCAGCGAAUCCAAGAAAUCAGUUCAUGACUUCACUGUUAAGGAUGCAAGGGGAAAUGUUGUUGAUCUUAGCAUUUAUAAAGGAAAGGUCCUCUUGAUUGUCAAUGUUGCAUCACAGUGUGGCUUGACCAAUUCCAACUAUACAGAGCUGAGUCAGUUUUACCAGAAAUACAGAGAUCAAGGCCUGGAAAUUCUUGCAUUUCCCUGUAACCAGUUUGGAGCUCAGGAACCUGGAAGCAAUGAAGAGAUCGUGGAAUUUGCUUGCACUCGCUUUAAGGCUGAGUAUCCCAUAUUUGACAAGGUGGAUGUGAAUGGUGAGAGUGCUGCUCCUAUAUACAAGUUCCUGAAGUCGAGCAAAGGUGAAGACAAUAUCAAAUGGAAUUUUUCCAAGUUCUUGGUUGACAAAGAUGGGAAUGUUGUUAAUCAUUAUGACCCAACUACUAACCCUUCUAGCUUUGAGAAUGAUAUAAAGGAACUCCUGGGAGUUGCAUAGAGGAUCAGUGGUGCUGCUUGCUGUACGAAAUAUAUCAGAGUGUUAUGAUGAAUAAGGGCUUUCAUGAAACACAAGCUUUGUUUCCUUUUCCUAUAGAUAUACUUGUAUAUGUAUAAGUUGGACAGUGCUUGGGAGUGAGAGAAUUGGUUUUGCUUUGUUUUUGCUUUGCUUUUGGAGUCUCAGUAACAUUACAGGGUACUGUAAUAUAUAAGAUUAAAGUUUUACUUUUGUAA